AUGGAGCCCGGCAGCCGCGGCGCCGCGCCCGGCGGAGUGUCGGUGUCGGCCGUGCUGCCGGCAGGAGGGAGCGGGGAGCGCCUGGGCGGUGCCACCCCCAAGCAGUUCUGCGCCGUGCAGGGGAGGCCGCUCGUCAGCUACGCGGUGCGGGCCAUGGAGAGGAUAAGUUGGAUAUCUGACAUUAUUGUGGUGGUUUCUCCUGAAAAUAUUGAAACAAUGAAGACUAUAAUUGAAAAAUAUGGCCACAAAAGAGUUACAGUAGUAGAAGGUGGAAUAACUCGUCACCGGUCAAUAUUCAAUGGACUGAAAGUAUUUGCACAGAAUGAAUUUUCCAGCCAUUUGCUCCAGAAGCCAGAAAUAGUGAUUAUCCAUGAUGCUGUGAGGCCUUUUGUUGAAGAAGAUAUUAUUUCAAAAGUGGUUAUGGCUGCUAAAGAACAUGGGGCAUCAGGAGCAAUCCGUCCUUUAGUUUCUACUGUUAUUGCCUCUGCUGCUGAUGGGUGCUUGGACCACUCACUGGAACGUGCCAGGUACAGAGCAAGUGAAAUGCCUCAGGCUUUCUUGUUUGAUAUAAUCUAUGAAGCAUACCAACAGUGUACAGACUAUGACCUGGAUUAUGGAACUGAAUGUUUGCAUCUGGCUCUGAAAUACUGUAAAACAAAUGCCAGACUUAUUGAAGGAACAGCUGACCUCUGGAAGGUGACCUACAAGCGAGAUCUGUAUGCAGCUGAAUCAAUCAUUAAGGACAGCCUAUCACAUCAAGUUUGUGUUAUCACCAGUGUGAAGGAAUCUCUUGCACAAGUAGGUUUUCUCCUUCCUGAAUCUCUGAAAAGCCAAAUUAAAGUUGAGGCUAUUUCAAUAUCUCUAAGCAAAAAUGAUAGCCGUCUACAAAACAUCAUUUCAGGACAGUGCUACAAUUUUGUUUGUGUAAAUGAAAAAAGGUGUGCCCUUCAAGAAACCCAGGAGCUAGUGGAUAUGUUGGAAAAAUCAAAUCUUCCUCUCUUAUAUCCAGUUGUCCUUAUUUCGGUGCACUUGGAUAUUUCAGAAAAUAAUUCUUUAAACAUUGGGAUGGAAGACCUAACUAUGAUCAAGAAAUUUGCAAGAGAAACUAAAAAGAAAAACAUUUUAGUUUAUGGCCUUCUUAUCCAAUAUAAGGACCCUUUGCUGCUUCAGGAGACAGUAAAUUCUGCUGCUGCUCUUAUCAUGGCAUUAAUAAAGGACAGAAACCCGGAGCUUACUGGCCAGCUGUUGGUAGCAUAA